GCCGACCAUGGACCUGAAUAGACCUGGAAUAAUGAUCAUAUUUGUCGGUUCUCUGGUGCGACAUAACAUAAUAACUUCAAUCACUUAGCGUUGGGUUACGCUGGAAGCAAUUACGCCACAUACAAACGAGGAAGAAGUUUCAAUGACAUCAGUGAAAAUGAGUGAGAGGAAGUUCACAAGAGGCUUGGGGAAGCCUGGAAUGGCUGCACAACUCAGGGAAACAGUUUCGCAGGUCGUCAGAGAGAGCACUGUACAGAAUAAACCGCACCUUGUGGACCCCAUAGACUUUGAAAGUUUUGUACUAAAGAAUAAAACGCUGCUACAAAAUGACCCACAGCGAGAACUGCUUUUAUACCCUCAAGAUGAUGUUUCGCAAGUUGUCUUGCCCAGACGAUACAGAACCGUUAUUUCCACGGUGCAGCAUAAUUCUGAAAAUACAGAGAGUACAGAAGGGUGCAGCCUUCUUACCAAAGAAUGUCUCAGAAGUUAUGCUUCUAAUUGGAACCUAGUACAUUACAAAUAUACAGCUUAUAGCGGAAGUUACUUGGAGUUGCCUAAAAUUUCAAAGGCAGACGAUUUGAGAGAUGAAGUAUAUGAAAUUGACACCGAAGUUGAUCAAGUAGAUGAGGAUUUGACAAAAAGUGAUGGAAUAACAAAACAGGGAUAUUUGAUGAAGGGUCCUGAAAUUGGUAGCGAUCGCAUGUUUGUACACAUUGGAUCUAAAUCAUUUAAACGUCGCUACUGUCACCUGAGGCAGGAAGUUGAUGGCACAUAUAUUCUCGAGUUAUUUAAAGAUGAGAAAAAAGGAGAGGCCAAGUUGACUAUAGUGAUGGACUUUUGCUCAGAAGUUACGCGAAAUACGAAACGCGGUAGAUAUUGCUUUGAAUUAAGAAUGACAGGAACGCACAAAUCGUAUAGUUUGGCUGCAGAUAAUGAAACAGAAUUACAAGAUUGGUUGCUGAAAAUUAGCUCUGUACUGCAGCAUUAUAAACAGCAGGAAGAAAAGAGAGCAGCUUCCCUAGAAAGAGCUUGCAAUACACCACCUCCAUCACCCCAGCCUAUGCAAGUUUAUGGGACUUUAAAAGGUCUCGAACAGAGUAUGAAUCCCCAGUUAAUACGAUAUUCCAGAGAAACGGAAACGAGCAUUGCGUUAUCAAGGCGCGAAAAUAGGAGGCGAUUAUUUAGUAUAUAUCCACAUAUACCACACAUUAAAAGCCCGACUGGUGGUCCGCCAGAUAGCGGUGUGGACCCUUACAAGGAACAGUUUGGUCAUAGAUUAUUGAUAAGAUGUGAAAGUCUGAAAUUUCGUUUACAAGCUCCUAUAGAUGAAAAGGAUUCACUGUGCCAGGUCGAGCCCUAUCAGACUACACUUUGUUUAUUCGACGUGAGGAAUGGCAGAAAACUCACAGAAAACUUUCAUUUUGAUAUCAAUCACGAAGUUGUUAGAGAUAUUGCUAAAGAAUUAAGUCCUGUAAGUAUCAUGUCUGAGAACGAAGAGGAUAUAGCUUUGCCAGAUGAUCUUAAAAGCCUACCAAAAGAGUGGCUAAUGUAUCCUAAACAAGCCAUAUUCAGCGUCAGUAAUCCACAUCCAGACAUAUUUUUGGUUGUAAGAAUAGAUAAGAUAUUGCAAGGUGGUAUUUGUCAAACGUCAGAGCCUUACAUCAGAGCCACAAAAGAUCCGCGACUUGGGUUAAAAAUUCAUAAACAAGUCAAAGCCUCUUGUCAAAGACUUGGCAAUUACACAAUGCCAUUUGCUUGGGCUGCAAGACCAUUGUUCAGAUUAUACAGCAAUGAAUUAGAUACGUCUUCAGAUUUCCCAGCGAUAUACAGACAGGAAGGAAGUAAAGUAAAAGAUGAUGAAUUGUUGAAACUUCUAUCAGAGUAUAGAAAGCCAGAAAAGCUUAGUAAAUUAACAGUGAUCCCGGGAUGGUUGAAGCUGAAAAUAGAGCCAGUAACUGAUAUUCCAGAGAACACGUUAACAACAUCUCUUGUACCAUUGAAACCAUUUGCUAUGCCACCUGUGGCAGAACCAACAUUAGAAAUUGCUGAAUUUGAAGGCUUAUCGGAAAGGGAAGUUCACCCUUAUACUACAUUUGUGAAUCACCUAUACGUCUAUCCACAAACACUGUGUUUUGAUACUCAGAAGAUAUUCACCAGGGCGAGAAACAUUGCCUGUAUUGUCGAGCUUAGAGAUAGUGACAACGAAGAUGCUCAGCCUAUUAGAUGUAUUUACGGAAAACCCGGAACAUCUGUAUUACGUUUAAGAGCGUCUUGCCCAGUAAUACAUCACAGCGCAGUUCCUUCUUGGUAUGAAGAAAUAAAAAUGAGGCUACCAACUAAAUUAUCCUCCAAGCAUCAUCUGCUUUUCUCUUUUUAUCAUAUCAGUUGCGAUAUGAAUAAAAAAAAAGAAAACGGAGUAGAAAACUGUGUUGGGUAUUCAUGGACUCCGUUGCUGCACAAGGGACGGCUAAACGUGGAUGUCCAAGUGUUACCUGUAGCUACGCAUUUACCAGCCGGUUACCUCUCCAUCCAACCCCUAGGCCUAGGGAAAGGGGUAAGAAACGCCGGGCCAGAUAUAACAUGGAUUGAUUCUCAACGGCCAAUAUUUACUGUUGGCUGUCAACUGGUGUCAACAGUAUUUGCUAGAGAUCAGCAUUUGCACAAUUUAUUUAGUCAUGCCGAGAGAUUAUUAGACACAAAGCCAUCGGCCAUGCCUUCGGAGUCUGAAACUUGUAAAAUAUUAAAAGCUGCUCAUGCCAUUCAGAUGGUAACAGCCAUCACUUUUCUACCAACGAUAUUAAAUCAGCUUUUUACACUGCUUAUUUUCACAACAAAUGAGGAUGUCGGCUCGUACAUUAUUAGGGUAUUAAUUCAUAUUAUAAAUAUGGUUCACGAAGCUGGAAGAAAAGAAACUCUACAAGCAUAUGUAAAGUUUGUCUUCGUAUCACCAUCCAAAGGCGCUGGAAGUACGACAGUACACGAAGAGUUGGGAAAACAUCUUCCCACUUUGUUGCAACCGAGCAAUACAGAUUUUUUAGUAGUUAAUAAAUUCAUGCAUCAUUCCAGUUUUUUCUUUGAUAUUAUGGUUAAAAGUAUGGCUCAACAUUUGCUAACAACAGGCAGAAUAAAGAUGCACAGGAACGAAAGAUUUUCCAAAGAGUAUCACGAGAAAAUUGAAAAACUCUUGGAGGUAAUUACGCCAUAUCUUAUGAACAGAUACAAAGAAAUGCCAGUUGAAACUCAUGAGCUUAAUAAAAGUCUUGCACAUUUUCUCAAGAAAUGCCUGACAUUUAUGGACAGGGGUUUUGUGUUCCGGUUGAUCAAUUCUUAUAUGGAUAAUUUUUCACCCGGCGAUCCCCGUGCCUUACAUGAUUUCAAAUUCAUGUUCCUCCAAAUAAUAUGCUCCCAUGAACACUACGUCUCUUUUAAUUUACCAAUGAUGCAGUCGAGAAUAACCGGCAGAGAUACAGAGACAGAGCCUGAUAACGAUGAAUUAAUGAACGAGUACUGCUUGUCUGAAAAUUUUUGUAAGCACCACUUCCUUGUCGGACUACUUCUACAGGAAGUGAAAACUUCAUUAAACGAGAUUGUACAAAUUAGAAAAGUUGCUGUUGCCACGUUGAGGGAUCUGAUGGCUAAACAUGAAUUAGAUGAUCGAUAUCAAAACAAGGGUCAAUUAAGCAGAAUAGCUUCCAUAUACAUACCUUGGUUAGGUAUAGUUCUGGAAAAUUUACAUAGACUACAGUCAGUCCAUGAUACCAUAACUAAAAUCGAUGGCAAGCCAAACACUCCGAACAGAAUAUCUACAAGCAGCUCUUUUCUGAUAAAUAAAGAUGCUAAUAGCAACAACACAAUGGUUACUGGCACACCAAAAUCAAUGCAUAGGUUUACAUUAAAUUUGGAUACACAAUCUCCUAUUAGAGCCUCAAUGCAUCUCAGAGACUCAACGUACUUUGCUGCGAUCGCUGGACAGGGAUUAGUCAAUGGAAAUUCUUGUACUAGUAUAGAAUCUGAGGCGUCGACAAUGUCUGGGGCAUCGCAGUCUAAUAUUUCUCAAGAAACUGCGAUAAUUCGUGAGCCGAUGGAAAAUGGGACCAAUGAGCACAAAGGCCACUCAAGAUCUUUAAGCGUCACUCAGACUUCAUCUAGAUUUGACAAACUGCAGCCGACUGAGGUUAAAGAUUUACUCCUAUGCUUUCUGUUCGUCGUUAAACAUUUGGGCGAUCAUCAAAUCAUUGCCUGGUGGCAGCAGUGCAGUGAUAACGAAUUACUGAGCUUUUUCACCGUUAUUGAAAUGAGCCUCUAUCACUUUAAAUAUGUCGGGAAACGUCACAUCGCAACUGCAUCUACUAAUAUUACUGGAAAACCGCGAACCGUUAAAGCAAUGACCCUACCUGCCAGGAUGGCUCCGCCAGAUUUUUCAUCAGAAACGCCUGGCACUGGAACAUUGCAAGCCCAUAAUACCGUCGCUAGAGAAAAUUUAGCUGAAAAUGAAAGUGGAAAGUUAUAUCAAGCGUUGCUGGAAGCUAAUAUGGCUACAGAAGUUGGAUUAAUAGCUCUUGAUUGUCUAGGAUUGUACUGCAUUCAUUUCAAGGAUGCUUUGGUCACCGGAGAUGGAUAUAAUCCAGUAAUGCGAAAGAUAUUUGAUAUCUACUUAUCAUUUUUGCAAGUUGGUCAAUCAGAGACACUACUUCGGCACGUUUUUGCAGGAUUCAGAGCAUUCCUGAACAACUAUUCUGUCGCUUUAUUUCAAGGUAAUGCCGUUUUAUGCGGACGUCUGUGUUACGAAUUGCUUCGGUGCUGUAACAGUAAACUUAGUUCUAUCAGGCAAGAAUCAUGUGCUUUGUUAUAUUUGCUUAUGCGGAGCAAUUUUGAAUUCACCAGCAGAAAAGGACUCACCAGAGUACAUUUGCAGGUUAUUAUAUCCGUUUCACAAAUGCUAGGAAAUGUGAUUGGACUGAAUAAUUCAAGGUUUCAAGAAUCGCUAUCCCUUAUCAACAGCUAUGCUUCUUCCGACAAGGCUAUGAAAGGAACCGGCUUUCCAGUUGAAGUCAAAGAUUUGACUAAGAGAAUCAGAACUGUUUUAAUGGCGACUGCACAGAUGAGAGAGCACAAUAAUGAUCCAGAGAUGCUGGUAGACCUACAACAUAGCUUGGCGAAUUCAUACGCAAGUACGCCAGAGUUGAGACAUACUUGGCUUGAAACCAUGGCCAGAAAUCAUGCAAGGGACGAGAAUUUCUCUGAGGCCGCAUGUUGUCAGCUGCAUAUAGCAGCGCUAAUGGCAGAAUAUCUAAAGUUGAAAAAGGUACACACUUGGGGCGCAGAAGCAUUUGACAAGAUAUCUGUGAACAUAUCACGAGAUGAGCGUGGACUUAAGCUUGAUGCUGGUGAGAUUUGCGUACAAGAUAUUCAUUACAAUGAAUAUCUGCUUCUGGAGCAGCUGGAGGCGUGUACUGAAAUGUUGGAAAAAGCUGAGAGAUUUGAAUUGUUAGGCCACUUGUACCGAUUAAUAAUUCCUAUUUAUGAGAGUAAAAGAAACUAUGAAGCUCUGUCAAAUUGUUACACACAUCUGGCUCAAGCAUGUAAUAGAGUUGUCGAGGUCACAAAAAGUGGUAAAAGGCUUUUGGGACGAUUUUAUAGAGUUGCUUUUUUUGGCUCGGCAUAUUUCGAGGAAGAAAGUGGCCAGGAAUACAUAUACAAGGAGCCAAAAGUAACAUCGCUCUCUGAGAUAUCUGAGCGUUUGAAUCGAUUGUAUUCAGAAAAGUUUGGUCCGGAUGUUCUGAAAAUGAUAAUGGAUUCUGUGCCUGUAAAUAUUAGCGAAUUAGAUCCAAAACUAGCAUACAUUCAAGUGACACAUGUCACACCGUAUUUCGAAAAACUGGAACUCGAAACUCGAGUUAGCGAAUUUGAGCAAAACCAUGACGUAUGCUGUUUCAUGUUUGAAACUCCUUUCACCAAAGAAGGCAAACCCCGAGGCAAUCCCGAAGACCAAUGGAAACGUCGAACUAUCCUAACAACACAAUACUCUUUUCCGUACGUUAAAAAACGUAUUGCAGUAACUCAAAAACGAGUUGUAGAACUCAGUCCCAUAGAAGUGGCUUUGGAUGAAAUGCGCCAAAGAGUUGCGGAACUGGCGGAUGUUGCGUUAGUUGCUCCCACCGAUGCUAAAAAACUGCAACUGCGACUUCAGGGUAGCGUGUGCGUUACGGUUAAUGCAGGACCUUUAGCUUAUGCCUCAGUCUUUCUUGAUCCAGCUCUCUCACCUCAGUAUCCGGACGACAAAGUCGAAGACUUGAAGGAUGUCUUCAGAGAAUUCGUCAAGAUCUGUUACACGGCUCUACAGAUUAACAGUAAAUUGAUAACUUCCGAUCAGCACGAAUACCAAGAGGUCUUGCGUGAGAAUUACCAGAAGUUGUGUCAAAACUUGUCAUCUCUGUUGGGUGAGUCUGUCUGGCCUGACGAACAGAUCGGAAGUUUUAAACGCAACAGCGCAGCUCUCUUCAGCGCUAUCAGCGGAGCAAAUAACCAUACGAGUACUGCAUAAGGUUUACAAGGGGAACAGAAUCAGGUGAAGUUAACUUAGCGUUAAUUAUUAGCUGAAUAAUAUGCGUAUAUUAUUAAUCAAAGCAGCGGAUUCCUGAACGGAUAUUUCGCAAUGAUUACUAAUUACUGAUUAUUAAUUAGUUACGCUUCAAAACUUUGAAGCCGUCCUAAGUAUUCGAGCCAGUUUAGCUCUAGUUUGUAAAAUUUUCGUUGUACAAAUUUUAAGUAUUGCAAUUUUUACACGGUAUUAUUAUAAUUGAGCUGGCAAUUAUGAAGAAAAAGUGUAGUAUGAUAAAAUAGUUCUAAUAUUGUGAUUGAAAUUUAGAACAAAAAUUUGAUACACGUUUUAAUACGUCGUAGCCGUUUCGUAUCCCUUGCCAUAACUAAUUAGGGAAAAUAUAUAUUUAAUAAAAAAAAAAGUAUAGAAUCAAUUAUAAUACAUAGCUCAGGAUUAGCAGGAUUUGGGAGACCUCGCAGACCAGACUUGGAGUAUUCAUUACCAAGCAUUUAUACAUAUACAAAUAUACUUAUAUAUUUAAUUUUUCAGAAUUCUAUUUCGUUCAUUAAGGUGAAUUGUAUUAUAUUAAAUGAUAUAGUUUAGUUUUUGUAAUAUUUUAUGUGCCAGUCCUUCCAUAAGGUUGCGCGCAAAGCACAAUUUAUACAAAAUUGAGCAGGGGUAAGCGAUAAUUAGUUUGUUGAUAAGCAGAUUUUCAUUAUAAAUCUCAUUCAGCGUUGCCGAAUAGUCAGGCGAAGUAGACAAAAGAUGAAAUAUGAAAAUUAGUUAUUGUAUAUUUACAACAGACUAAAAAUGUUAUUGUUUCAUUUGACAUAAAUCUUUGUUAUUUAAACAAAUUGUGUACAUAAUUAUAUGUAAAGUAUAGAUCAUAUAUAGAUUUAAAAAAGGGAAUAGCAAACUGAAGGUAAAUGGAGGAAAUGCUGCUUUGUCUCAAAAUACCAAAGGAUCGAUCUGCUUUCGGUCUAUAAUUUAGGUACAAGAUGUAAAAAUGGCUAUUGCCCAGAGAGCCAUGUUGGAUUGGAAAGCGUAAAUGUGAAUUUGGAUUCCAGACUAAAUUAAUUUGAUCUUUCAUUUGGAAAGUUUCAUAGGCAGAAGCCAAAUCCAUCUAUACUCCAAAAAACUAUAUUUAUUCCGUGAAUUAUGCCACGCAAUUCUCAUCGUCUAGCAAAAUGUUGGCUUUGUUCUGUGCCAAUGAAAACCCGUUUCCUGCUAGUCAAUUGUUACCAUGUAUAUCUAAAAUGUUUUAUAAAUACAGGCACCCCUAAUUAUUGAAAA